AGACAAAAAGGAAUGUAAAGAUAUUGAAAGAUCAUGAAGAUUCCAUUACUGAUCCUGAUAAACUUGUCCCUGUUUGUUUCCACCCUACACUUUGCCCUGCUCAAUCCCAAGAUAGACCUGAUCGACCUGAAGGAUCAGGCAAACGCUGCCAAUAACAGAUACUGCUACUCGGUACCUUGUCCCAGGUACACCCUGAAUCCGACAAAGAUUCCGAAACCGUUUGAGAUAAGAGAUUACGAGAACAGCUACUGGUUAUCCACACCGUGGUACCCGGAAGUGAACGGCUCUUGUCUGGCUAAUCACCAGGCUAUUCCUCCUUAUUACAAUCAUCUACUAAACUAUUUCGAGGGACUAAACUCGAUGGGAUUGAGAUUCGAAAGGACUAGACCAGUACGGAUAGUUAGCAGACCGGAUCCUAAGGAGGAUGGCAUGCUAUGUGCUAUUCGGUUCUAUAUCCCGGAUAUGUAUCCGAUGCACCCUCCUGCCUCUAUCGUGAUAGAUGUUAUCCUGGGGUGGGACAAGGACAGGCUGUGCUACGUAGUGGGAAAGAGGGGACCCAUAACCUGGACUAGUGCCAAGAAAGUGUUCAAGUCUAUGAAGGCGUACCUGAGGAGGCUGAGUAGGUCGUUCCCGGAGGAUGCGGAGAUAAUAGUGGACGCGUUCACCGGGUACGGGGUGUCAGAGGACAGGAGGUAUAUGGAGGUACUGGUGUGCCAGGAGGGACAGUUCUGAGGGGGGAGGUGAUGCACGUACCAGAAAGAGAAACUUGUCGUAGUGCAGAGAAACUUGUUGUAGAGGAGAGUCAAAAUUAAUCAAUCCUGCUCCAUGAAUAUAACACUAUCUGAAGUUUUGAUCUGGCGUUAAUAAUCUGGUUGAUAAAAAUUAAAUUUUGCUCGUUAAGAUUUUACUCGGUUAGAUGAAUUUCACUUAUUAUAUUCGUAGAUCGAUCACUAAGUUGUACAAGCUAGUGGUGCUUUGUAUAGUUCUUAUUUUACUUAUGAUUUAAUGAAAUAUUACGAAUUAAAUUAUUGUAUAUUGUAAUUUACAUAUUAAUAAUUUCAAUCAAUUAUUCGAUAAUCAUAACCUACAUAGCACAUAUUAUUGAGACAUUGGUUUCAACUUCUUAUU